AUGUCUGCCCAGCAGACCACGACGGGGGGCCUCGCCCGCCCCCAGCACCAACCACCCUGCCGCGCCUGCCACCUGGCCAGCCGGCAGUGCCACGCCAGCACUCGCCCGGGCGGCGGUCCCUGCGACGGGUGCGCCCGCGAGGGCACGCUCUGCUCGCUCCCGUCCGCCUUUUCCCUGGACGACGGCCCCGUCGUGUGCACCGCGCGCGACGCGCUCAACGACGCGCCCCUCGACCGGGAGGCGCAGCGGCGCUGGGACUUCCUGGCGACGCUGGCGACCUUACUCCGGGAGGGGGUCUACGUCGUCCCGUCGCCGGCCGCGAGGCUGCUCGACGGGUUCGGCGUGGUGGGCUGGGACGCCGUGCCCGACGAGGGCGUCCUGCGCGCUGCCGCGUGGGCGGUCGGUCUUGCCGGGUUGGAGGGGGAAUGGGAGAGGGAUGGGGAGGAGGAGGUGGGCCAGGUGGGCCAAGAAGUUGAGGAGGAGGAGGAAGAGGAUGAAGAGGAGGAGGAAGAAGACGAGGAGGAGGAUGGGGAUGGUGGGUUUUCUGACGUCGUCGUCGACUGGAUCAUGCAAGGACAAUGGGAUUAGCUUCGCGGCGUCCCCAUACUGAUGUUGCUCCGUCGUGUGUGACCAGAAGACUGCGGC